CUGUGACACAUUUCACUUAAAAGCCAACUGGCCAACAUCAUCGAUCACGUGACCCGUGUGCUGUGCUACGUGUACGACGUGUAGACGUAAAAUCGAGACAAGAAGUACCGUAAUUUCUUUCAAACUGGGAUUCGGUGAAGACGUGACAGCUCAGGGGGGCGUUUAAUGAAAAAACUGUGAUUUAUUAGUGAAAUAGUGGUUAAAACCCAGCAAAAUGGGGAUUAAAUUUUUGGAAGUUAUAAAGCCUUUCUGCAGCAUACUGCCUGAAAUAGCCAAGCCAGAAAGAAAAAUCCAAUUCAGGGAGAAAGUACUAUGGACUGCAAUCACUCUUUUCAUCUUUUUAGUAUGUUGUCAGAUUCCAUUAUUCGGUAUAAUGAGUUCAGAUUCUGCAGAUCCUUUCUACUGGAUUCGUGUUAUUCUUGCAUCAAACAGAGGUACCCUUAUGGAACUUGGUAUUUCCCCAAUUGUAACUUCAGGUCUGAUUAUGCAGCUGUUGGCCGGUGCCAAAAUUAUCGAGGUUGGUGACACUCCAAAAGACAGAGCCUUAUUCAAUGGUGCCCAAAAAUUGUUUGGUAUGGUUAUUACUGUCGGUCAAGCCAUCGUGUAUGUAAUGACAGGCAUGUAUGGUGAUCCGGCUGAAAUUGGAGCUGGAGUGUGCCUUCUCAUCAUCAUCCAACUGUUCGUCGCCGGUCUCAUUGUAUUGCUUCUCGAUGAACUUCUCCAGAAAGGAUAUGGUUUAGGUUCUGGUAUUUCCCUCUUCAUUGCAACAAACAUUUGUGAAACUAUUAUUUGGAAAGCCUUCUCACCAGCAACAGUAAACACUGGAAGAGGAACAGAAUUUGAAGGAGCUGUCAUUGCCUUAUUCCACUUGUUGACCACCAGACAAGACAAAAUCAGAGGAUUACGUGAAGCUUUCUACAGGCAAAAUCUUCCCAAUUUGAUGAACUUGUUGGCGACAGUACUCGUUUUUGCUAUAGUAAUAUACUUCCAAGGAUUCAGAGUAGAUCUACCCAUCAAGAGUGCAAGAUACCGUGGACAAUAUUCCAGCUAUCCAAUCAAAUUGUUCUACACUUCGAACAUCCCUAUUAUUCUACAAUCUGCUCUUGUAUCUAACUUGUAUGUCAUCUCACAGAUGUUGGCUGUUAAAUUCCAAGGGAACUUCUUAAUUAAUCUAUUAGGAGUCUGGGCUGACGUUGGAGGCGGUGGCCCAGCUAGGUCUUACCCCAUUGGAGGAUUAUGUUACUACUUAUCUCCACCUGAAAGUGUAAGUCACAUUCUAGAAGAUCCAAUCCACGCAAUGCUCUACAUCGUCUUCAUGUUGGGAUCUUGUGCUUUCUUCUCCAAAACAUGGAUCGAAGUAUCUGGAAGCUCAGCCAAAGAUGUCGCUAAGCAAUUGAAAGAACAACAGAUGGUAAUGAGAGGACACAGAGAUAACUCCAUGAUUCACGAAUUGAACAGGUACAUUCCCACCGCCGCAGCUUUUGGAGGUCUCUGUAUUGGAGCCUUGUCAGUACUCGCUGAUUUCAUGGGAGCCAUUGGUUCAGGUACUGGUAUCUUGUUAGCUGUCACCAUCAUCUACCAAUACUUCGAAAUCUUCGUCAAAGAACAAAGCGAGAUGGGUGGAAUGGGAGCGUUACUCUUCUAGAUAAAUUGAAGAUAUCACAAAGCUAUAGCUUGACUGAUAUUGUGAUUUUGUUUGGUAAAUAGUAACUAUUGUGGUUAUUAUUUGUUUAGUUUUUGUACCUCAGUGUCUCCACUAUAGUUAUUAUUUAUGUGGAACAACUUAUAUGUCACUUUGUAUAAAGUGUGAAACAUUUUUUUGUACUAAAAGAUUGAAAAUAGACAAAUAUAUUUCAUUGUACAUUUACAUGAUUUUGUGUUUAAGAAGCGAGUUAUUUAUAAUGUGCGGAUGUCCCAUACUAUUAGUUUAUUUUUUACAUUUUUUCAUUCUCGUUCAUGCAGUACGGUUGUGUAUUGAUCAUUUAUUAUUUGUUGUUAGAUAUAAUUUAUUUUAAAUACAGAAAUUUCUGAAAUCCUGUUUUUCAUUUGAUGCUAAUGUAUACUGUAAAUUUUUCGAGAUAAGGGCAUCUAUCAUUUAAAUGUUGAAAUAUUAUUGAAAUGUACAAAUUUACAUGUUCUUUUACACAAAUAUAAAGUUAUUCUUUAAA